CUGGGCUGCGGGGAGGGCUGAGGGGCGAGGAGCGCUGGGUGCCGGCUCUGGGCCGCGGGGAGGGCUGAGGGGCGCGGGGUGCCGGCUGCAGGAAUGUCCCGCUCCCCUCGUGAUUGGCUGCGGGCUGCCGGAGUCAGUUUUCACGGGGGCCGAUCAAAAAGUUCCCUUCGGCUCUCCGAAGUCGCUGUCUGAGCUGAGGCAUCGGCCGGAGGAGGCCGGGCUCUCUCUCGCAUUCCUCGGGAGAACGCCUGCGGUGGGAUGAGCGCGCUUCUCGCUGCCGGGAAAGCCGGGCGAGGACGGGCGCAGCGGAGCCGCGCUCCCGCUUUUCUCCCGCAGCCCGGGCUGAGCAGCCAUCCCUUCUGGCAUGCUUCUCAUCCCUGAGGACACGAUGUCUCAGUACUCCACGAACUUCCUGCUGCUGCCCAUCCCGGAGUACCCCGUGCUGGACUGCGCGCCCAACAAGAUCAUCAAGCUGGUGGUGCUGGGCGGCAGCGGCGUGGGCAAGACAGCCCUGGUGGUGCGCUUCCUCACCAAGAGAUUCAUUGGGGACUACGAGGCCAACACUGGUGCUUUGUAUUCCAGGAAGUUCACCAUAGAUGGGGAGCAGAUCUCUCUGCAGGUGCAGGACACUCCCUUUGUCUCAUUGGAGGAUGACACGGACAGCAUCUGCUGCCAGGAGCAGAUAAACCGCUCGAUCUACUGGGCCGACGGCUUCGUGUUCGUGUACUCCAUCACGGACUACGAGAGCUUCCGCACGCUGCGGCCGCUGCACCAGCACAUCCGCAGGAUCCACCCCAACGCCAACAUCCCCCUGCUGCUCAUGGCCAACAAGGGCGACCUGCUGCGGGCCAGGCAGGUGUCCUCCAAGGAGGGGCUGCAGCUGGCCUCCGAGCUGGGCGGCACCUACUGCGAGGUGUCGGCGCGGGAGAACUGCGAGGGCGUGCGCGAGGCCUUCCAGCAGCUGUGCCAGGAGCUCAGCAGGAGCAGCGGCAGCUGCAACGGCGAGAAGAGGAGAGGUCUGCACCUGGUGCGGCCCAAGUCGCCCAACAUGCAGGACUUGAAGAGGCGCUUGAAGCAGGCCCUGACUUCCAAAGGCAAAUCUGCCACCACGCUUUGAUGCGGCCGCCCGGGAAUUGUGUUCUGGAGCCUUGGAUAAAAAGGCAACAAGCCGGGAAAAAGGGGCAGCAGUUCAGCCAUCGGGUUGUGUGGGGACUCUCAGGUCCUGUGAGAGACUCUUUUGUUGGGUCUUCACAUCUUCCUCAAAAAGCCCCUGCUCGUUCAGCAAAGGAACUCACAGAAUUUGCUCUCUGGGGCAGGGAUUUCGAAACUCUGGUUUAAAAAAGAGAUCAUCCCAAGUUAUUUCUUUUUUUUUUUUAAUUUGGAAAGGAGUGCAGUCAAAUAUCUUGGUGUUAAAAAGUGGGUUUUGUUAAUGAGAAUAAUGAAAUCAUAUUUUUAAGAGAUGUGACUUCCCCUGGGGAUGGUUGUGUUCCCAAACACAGGCAGUGAACUACAGCAGAACAUGAGGGGCAUGAUGGGAGCUGUACUGAGCAAGAAAAAUGGACCAGAUCUCCUUCAGUGCAAGACUGGAAAAUAAAUGAAUUGAUUCAUUUAAAUGAAGAGCAUAAAUAAUGAAAAGUAUUAAUUGAAAGAAAGAGUUCUGAGCAAUGGGGACAGAUUUGUUCAUAUGCAAAUUUAAGCCUUAUGGUGUCUCCUUAAAGGGAGGUUUUUUUAAAAAAUCACUAUUUUUUUCAGAUUAUUUUUGUUUAAAAGCACAGUGACUGCUUCUGAAAGUGAUUAUUUGGGCUAAAUACAAACUUGUGGCAGCGUUCUGUUGUCAGUUCCUCCAUGGCACUUCUCACUUUUCUGAAGGUUUCUUGCAUGGCAAAAGGGAAAAAUAGAUCAGAGUGGUAUAAAACCUGCCAAAAAAUGGAUUGCACUGAUCAAGAGCAAUGAGGUCACCUAAAACUCUUAAUUUUUUUUUCCCCCAAACUAGUUAGACUUCAAGUUCAAAAUGCUUUUAGAGAAACAAAGCCUUCACACAAAACAUAUUUACAUCAUUAGGUUGUCCGGGAUUUUUUAAGAAGAAAAGGUUUUACGACACCUGAAAUUUUUGGCUUUGGGAAUUCAUUAUUUUGUUGAGUGUUUGUUGCUAAACCCAGGCUUCCCUGAACAGCUCCCAGAGCAUCCCAGCCAGUCAGGACACAUCCCAGUGGCAGCGUCUGGUUGUGCCUCAGCACGUCCGAGGAUUUGGGGCUGCAUCCCAUGAACUGAUUUAUGGAACCAAUAACAAGAGCAGGGAGCUCCCAGCACCCCGUGCUCAGAGUGGGGAGGAACGGGCUUGGACCAUGUGAAAUUCAUCAUGCACCAACUCUUCUUCAAACAGAGCAGAUGAGCAACUCAAGGACCAUGAAAUGAAGUCAAGCUCAGUGAUUUACACUCAGGGACACUGGAGGGAAACCCGAGUUUGAUGGAUAUGGAAAAACACUCCCAGCUGCAGUUUCAUCUGCAAGACUGAGCUAAAUCAACCUUUUCCUCAUUAGGAGCAGCAAAAAUGGAAAUGGAGUCUGAUGAGUAUUUGUAUAGCUCAGGGCUUUAAAAUGUACUUUGUAUUUUUCAUUUCCCUAUAUUAGACAGCUCUUGCCAUGAUUUUAUCACCUGGAUUUGCCUUAUCUCCAGCUCACUUUCUGUUUUAUUUAUUGUUUUCCACAGCUGCUCAUCUGAGAAUGUCUUGU